UGUCCAUAACGAACACCUUGUUCAAGCAUAAGGGUGUCCAUAUGUGCACUUGGCACCAGGACACCCUUGGCCGCAGUUCGAUGAUCGACUUCGUAGUUGUAUCAUCGGAUUUGCGGCCGCAUGUUCUGGACACUCGGGUGAAGAGAGGGGCGGAGCUGUCAACUGAUCACCACCUGGUGGUGAGUAGGCUCCGAUGGUGGGGCAAGAUGCCGGUCCGUCCUGGCAGACCCAAACAUAUCGUGAGGGUUUGUUGGGAGCGUCUGGCGGAAUCCCCUGUCAGAAGGAGUUUCAACUCCCACCUCGGACAGAGCUUUUCCCAUGUUCCGGGGGAGGCGGGGGACAUUGAGCCCGAGUGGACUAUGUUCCGUGCCUCUAUUGUUGAGGCGGCCAAUCUGAGUUGUGGCCGGAAGGUGGUUGGUGCCUGUCGUGGCGGCAACCCCCGUACUCGCUGGUGGACACCAGCAGUAAGGGAUGCCGUCAAGCUGAAGAAGGAGUCCUAUCGAGCCUUUAUGGCCUGUGGGACCCCAGAGGCAGCUGACGGGUAUCGACUGGCCAUGCGGAACACAGCUUUGGUGGUCGCCGAGGCAAAAACCCGAGCGUGGGAAGAGUUCGGUGAGGCCAUGGAAGCCGACUUCCAGACGGCUUCGAGGAAAUUCUAGUCCACCAUCCGACGGCUCAGGAGGGGGAAGCAGUGCACCACUAACACUGUGUACAGUGGGGAUGGGGCGCUGCUGACUUCAACACGGGACGUUGUGAACCGGUGGGCAGAGUACUUCGAAGACCUCCUCAACUCCACCAACACGCCUUCUGUGGAGGAAGCAGAGCCUGGGGACUCUGAGGUGGGCUCUCCUAUCUCUGUGGUUGAAGUCACCGAUGUGGUUAAAAAGCUCCUCGGUGGCAAGGCCCCAGGGGUGGAUGAGAUCCGCCCGGAGUUCCUCAAGG